AAAUGGAGCAUGCGCUGAAGAGAGUAAUGUGAAAGUGCUGCAGAAUAUUUUUACCGAGUUUAAGCUAAAAGUGACGCUGUUAUCGGCUGUAAGUAUCACAGUUCACACCUGCAGCAAAGCACCUUCUACAACAAUUCACCAAUAAAUACUGGUGAAUAUCCACAUCAUCCUGCAAGAGAAGAACAAACUCAACAAAGCCAUGUGUGACAAAAUCUGGUCCUGUGGGUCUCAGUAUCAGACGAUGAUCACAGUUCACACCUACAGUGAAGCCCCGCCCACAACAAUUCACCUAUAAAUACUGGAGAAUAUUCACAUCAUCCUACAAGAGAAGAACAAACUCCAGGUGCAGCAGCUGAAAUCUGUCUGACUGUUAAAGAUGGAGUUUAUUAAAGAGGAGAUUGAAGACAUGAGUGAUGCAGAACCAUCCAGAAUAAAACAUGAAGAUACUGAGGAACAAACAGACUGGAUUGAAGUAAAACAGCAAAGAGUGAAGCUGAAUGAAGUUGAACAGGAACACUGUAAAAUAAAAAAAUCAAGAAAAACAGCCAAACAGCUGCACACCUGCUCUCAGUGUGGAAAGAGUUUCAGAAACAAUGGAAACCUUAAUGUGCACAUGAGAGUCCACACUGGAGAGAAACCGUACACAUGCCCUCAGUGUGGAAAGAGUUUUGCUGCAGCAGCAAGUCUCAGUGUUCAUCUACGCAUUCACGCUGGAGAAAAGCCAUUUAACUGUGAUCAGUGUGGUAAAAAGUUUAUUUCAUCAUCAAGUCUAAAACAACACAUGACAGUACAUUCAGAUGAAAAACCUCAUGUGUGCUCCUUCUGUGGAAAGAGUUUUUCGCGACUGGACAAUUGUAAACAGCACCAGAAAACACAUCAUGAAGUGAGAGAUCAUGUGUGUUGUGAGUGUGGGAAGAGCUUUACCAGAGCUGGCAAUCUGAAACUGCACCAAAGAAUUCAUACUGGAGAAAAACCUUACAAGUGCUCGUAUUGUGACAAGAGUUUCACUCGGUCUGGACACCUGAAAAAGCAUGAGCAAGUUCAUACUGGAGAGAAACCGUAUCACUGUACUCAGUGUGGAAAGAGUUUUGCUGAUGCAUCAAGUCUCAGUUAUCAUCUACUCAUUCACUCUGGAGAAAAGCCAUUUAGCUGUGAUCAAUGUGAUAAAAAGUUUAUUUCAUCAUCAAAUCUAAAAAGUCACCUGAGAGUUCAUUCAGAUGAGAAGCCUCAUGUGUGUUCUUUCUGUGGAAAGAGUUUUUCAUGGCUGGCCAGUUAUAAAAAGCACCAGAAAACACACGAUGAAGUGAGAGAUCAUGUGUGUUGUGAGUGUGGGAAGAGCUUUACUACAGCUGGCGAUUUGAAACAGCACCAAAGAGUUCACACUGAAGAAAAACCUUACAAGUGCUCAUACUGUGACAAGAGUUUCAUUGUGUUUGCAAACCUGAAAAGGCAUGAAGGACUUCAUACUGGAGAGAAGCCGUAUCACUGUACUCAGUGUGGAAAGAGUUUCACUAAGUCAAAAACUCUAGUGACUCAUAUUAAAAAGCAUUGUUCUGUGUCAGAGUGAACAAAUGUUUUCUACAGAUUCAAUAUUUCAAGUAAAUAAUGUGAGAUUCAGAUACAGUAAAUGUGCAAUUAGCUCAAAUAAACUAGUUUUGCUGUG